AUGAAAGAUUAUCCAAAAGCACUUGAGAAUUUCGAAAAAUGUCUCUCAAUAUGGCAAAAAGCCUUACCUGAAAAUCAUCCGGAUAUAGCUUUUGCAUUUAGUAAUAUUGGUGAUGUUCAUCGAUUAAUGGGUAAUUAUGAAAAGGCACUUGCAUUUCAUCAAAAAGCAUUAAAUAUUCAAGAGAAUGUUCAAUGUGAUCCUACGGACUGUGCAACGACAUAUAUAAAUUUAGGUGAAACUUAUUGUGAAAUGAAAGAUUAUUCAAAAGCAUUGACAUAUUUCGAAAAAGGAUUAGAAAUACGUGAAAAGAAAUUACCAAAAAAUCAUCCUGAUUUAGCUGUUGUAUAUCAUAAUAUGGCAAAAUUAUAUUUGGCUACACGAAAAUAUAGUAUGGCAAUGAAAAAUAUUCAACAAACAGUUGAAAUAGCUCAAGAAAAAUUAUCUUCAACUCAUCCUCAUCUUUUGGAAUAUAAAGAAACAUUUGAAAAAGUUCGAAUGAAAAUAACUCGACAACAAGAUUUCUAUGACCAAUAUUCACAUUAUUGGCAUGAAAAUAAUUCAAAUUCAUAUGAUAUUUAUGGUUCAACACUGGUGGAAAUUCCUCAAUUUCAACAUCCAUCUCAUACACUUUUACAACAAAAUGGUUUUACUCAACAAGUUUAUCUUAAAUAUAAACAAGAAUGUCUUGAUGAUAAAAAAAAACGUUGA